AUGGAAGCUAAAGCAGAUUAUACCCAAGAUGGCACUGUUGACUUCCGUGGCUGCCCUGCACUUCCCUCUAAAACUGGCAAAUGGAAAGCUUGUGCUUUUCUUGUUGGAUAUGAAGCAUUUGAAAGGAUGGCCUUCUAUGGAGUUGCUUCAAACUUAGUAAAUUACCUUACAACCCAACUUCAUGAAGAUACAGUUUCAUCAGUGAGGAAUGUGAAUAACUGGUCAGGAUCUGUGUGGAUAACACCAAUUCUUGGGGCUUACAUAGCCGAUUCUUAUUUGGGUCGCUUCUGGACUUUUACCCUCUCAUCUCUCAUUUAUGUCUUGGGGAUGACUCUUCUCACUGUAGCUGUAUCACUCAAAAGCUUGAGGCCAACAUGCACCAAUGGCAUUUGCAACAAGGCUUCUAGAUCACAAAUUGCAUUUUUUUACACAGCACUCUACACUAUGGCAAUUGGGGCUGGAGGAACAAAACCCAAUAUCUCAACCUUUGGUGCUGACCAAUUUGAUGAUUUCAAUCCCAAUGAGAAAGAGCUCAAGGCUUCAUUCUUCAAUUGGUGGAUGUUUACCUCAUUUUUAGGUGCUUUGAUUGCCACUUUAGGCCUUGUCUACAUUCAAGAAAACAUGGGAUGGGGACUUGGCUAUGGCAUCCCCACUGCUGGUCUCAUAUUGUCCUUAAUCAUAUUCUAUAUAGGCACGCCAAUAUAUCGUCACAAAGUUAGGACUACAAAAUGUCCAGCAAGGGACCUAAUUCGUGUCCCUAUUGCAACCUUCAGGAAUAGAAAACUCCAACUCCCUAGUGACCCCUCAGAUCUUUAUGAGCACGAUCUUCAACAUUACAUUACUUGUGGAAAACGGCAAGUCUAUCACACUCCAUCUUUGAGGUUUUUGGACAAUGCUGCUAUUAAAGAAGACAAUACUGAUUCCUCAAGAGUACCAUUGACUGUAACACAAGUGGAAGGAGCUAAGCUUAUCUUUGGUAUGGUCCUUAUAUGGCUAGUAACACUGAUUCCCAGCACCAUUUGGGCACAAAUCAACACUCUUUUUGUGAAACAAGGCACCACCUUGGACAGAAGCCUUGGUCCUAAUUUUAAAAUUCCAGCAGCAUCUCUUGGAAGCUUCGUGACCCUCUCUAUGCUACUCUCAGUGCCAAUGUAUGACCGGUUUUUCGUGCCGUUCAUGUGCCGGAAAACUGGCCACCCUAGAGGAAUCACGUUGCUUCAAAGGCUUGGAAUUGGAUUUUCAAUCCAGAUCAUAGCCAUUGCAAUUGCUUAUGCUGUUGAAGUUAGGAGAAUGCAUGUCAUAAGAGAAAACCACGUAGUUGGUCCUAAAGAUAUUGUCCCUAUGAGUAUAUUUUGGUUGUUGCCCCAGUACGUUCUAAUUGGGAUAGCAGAUGUGUUCAAUGCCAUAGGAUUGUUAGAAUUCUUCUAUGAUCAAUCCCCAGAAGACAUGCAGAGUCUUGGAACAACGUUCUUCACAAGUGGGAUUGGUGUUGGCAACUUCUUGAACAGCUUUUUGGUAACAAUGGUUGAUAAAAUAACAGGAAGGGGUGAGAGAAAGAGUUGGAUAGGUGACAACUUGAAUGAUUGUCACUUAGAUUACUAUUAUGGGUUUCUGUUGGUCUUGUCAAGUGUCAACUUAGUGGUAUUUCUUUGGGCUUCAAGUAGAUACAUUUACAAGAGGGAGUCAAUAAGGGUCAAAGAGGGCCUUUGUGUUCAAAUGGAGGGAAACCCAACUUUGGAUGCAUCUCUUGGUUUACAAGUAUGAAAACUAGCUAGGGUGG